AUGGCUGAUAAAAGAAAAAUUAUACGAUCAGAUGAUGAAGAUGAAGAUGAUAUACCAUUAAAUAAAAAAGCAAAAAUAGAGAAAGAUGAUGAAGAUCAAGAGUAUGAAGAAGAAGAACGUGAAUUAGAUAAAGAUGAAGAAGAAGAAGAAUUAGAAAAAGAUUUGGAAGAAAAUGAGAAAAAUGGAUCUUCAAAAGGAGAACAAGGGGACGAAGAUGAAAUUGAAAUUAAACAAGAAGAAGAUGCGAAUGAAAAAGAAGAGAAAAAUGGAAAUGGUAAUGCGGAAAAUGAGGAAGAGGAUGAAAAUGAGGAGGAGGAGGAUAAUGACGAUGAUAAUGACGAAGAUGAUGAAGCAGAAGAACGAAAACGAAUAUCUACAUUUAAUUUUGAUGGGGAAAUUUACACUUUUAAAGAAAGACCAUCUGUUAUUGAAGAAAAAGAAGGGAAAAUAGAAUUCAGAGUUGUUAAUAAUGAUAAUACAAAAGAAAAUCUUAUAGUUUUAACUGGUUUAAAGAAUAUUUUUCAAAAACAAUUACCAAAAAUGCCUCGAGAAUAUAUUUCAAGAUUAGUUUAUGAUCGUUCACAUUUAUCAAUGGCAGUGGUUAGAAAACCAUUAACAGUUGUUGGUGGUAUAACAUAUAGACCUUUUAAUAAUAGAGAAUUUGCUGAAAUUGUAUUUUGUGCUAUUUCAUCAACUGAACAAGUUAGAGGUUAUGGAGCACAUUUAAUGAAUCAUUUAAAAGAUUAUGUUCGAGCUACAUCACCAAUAAAAUAUUUCUUGACUUAUGCUGAUAAUUAUGCUAUAGGUUAUUUCAAAAAGCAAGGUUUUACCAAGGAAAUAACGCUUGAUAAAUCUGUAUGGAUGGGUUAUAUAAAAGAUUAUGAAGGUGGUACGCUAAUGCAAUGUUCAAUGUUACCAUCAAUACUAAGGUAUCUAGAUUCUGGUAAAAUAUUAUUAUUGCAAAAAGCAGCAAUUGAAAGAAAGAUUAAAUCAAGAUCAAAAUCAAAUGUUGUUAGAUCUGGAUUACAAAUUUUCAAAACAAAUAAAGAUAUAACAUUAUCAUAUGAUAAAAUACCUGGUUUAUUAGAAGCUGGUUGGUCAGAAGAAAUGGACAAAUUAGCUCAAAAACCUAAAAAAGGUCCUCAUCAUAAUUUUAUGGUUACUUUAUUUUCGGAAUUGCAAAAUCAUCCAAGUGCAUGGCCAUUUGCUGUACCUGUUAAUAAAGAAGAAGUACCAGAUUAUUAUGAAGUAAUAAAAGAACCAAUGGAUUUAUCAACAAUGGAAUCAAAAUUAGAAAAUGAUAAAUAUGAAUCAUUUGGUAAAUUUUUAUAUGAUGCAAGAUUAAUAUUUAAAAAUUGUCGAGCAUAUAAUAGUGAUGCAACAACCUAUUAUAAAAAUGCAAAUAAAUUAGAGAAAUUUAUGAACAGUAAAGUAAAAGAUUCAGUUGAAUAUAGUCAUUAUUUAGAUUGA